AUGGGGCAGUCUUCGGGAGUGGCUGAAUCAUCUCGCGCUAAGGGGAGUGACAAGGAUACAAAGCGAGCCAAGAGUGGCACGAAAGGGAGUGCUCCUUUGGGCAUUCAAACAAAGAAAACUGAGUUCCUUCGUCGGGGUUCUCCACGUUUGCGAUCAACUAAGUUAUCUAGACACAUCUCGACAGGAGAGGAAGAAAAGAAAAGGCGUUUACGACGUGAUUCAAAGCGCUCAAGAGUGGGAACGACAAGUGAUGAACGUAGGGAUCAGGUUUGGGAACGUCUUACGCGUUUCUCAACAACACGAAAUGGAUCAUGGUUCAUGAUAGGUGAUUUUAAUGAAAUAGCAAGCCACAAUGAGAAAGAGGGUGGCAGAAGAAGAUCUGAUAGCUCUUUCCUACCUUUCAAGCAGAUGCUUAGUGAUUGCGGUAUUCUGGAAUUUCCAUUUACUGGAAAUAUGCUUUCUUGGGUGGGAAAGAGGUCAGGUGGUGCAACGGUUAGGUGCCGGUUAGAUAGAGCGGUGGGGAAUGAAGAUUGGCAUGAGAAAUUCCCACAUACAGCUAGUAAGUAUCUCAGGCUCUGGGGGUCGGACCAUCGUCCGAUCCUAGCAGAUAUUCUAUCUAAACCAGUGAGAAAGAAAAAGAAAUUUAAAUUUGAUAAGCGAUGGUUGGAGAAUGCGGAACUACGCCAAGUAAUCCUUGAGGGCUGGAAAUCAGAGGAUCUUCCACCCUAUGCGAACAUAAUGGAACAUAUUGCUAGUUGUCGUAAAGCUUUGAGUCAAUGGAGGAGACAUGAUAAUGUGAAUUCAGAAAAGCUAGUGGAAGAGCUUAAGGAAAAGGUGGAAGAUCUCUACUCGAAUGAUGAUGCCACUACUGAGGAAAUAGCAGCGGAUCUGAAGGAAUUAUCUAAUGCCCUUAAGGCGGAAGAAAUGUUUUGGAGACAGAAGAGCCGGGUUCUUUGGUUAAGGGAAGGUGAUAGAAAUUCAAAAUACUUCCAUGCGUUGGUGAGACAAAGAAGAGCGAGAAAUAGGAUCACACAACUUUUAGAUGACAAUGGAAAUAUGGUGGAGGACGAGGAAGGAUUAGUAGCCAUUGCUACUAGUUACUUCAGACAAAUUUUCGAGUAUGCCAAUCCGGAGGAUAUAGCAGAGGCGCUGGAAAAUGUCUCCACAAUGAUAAUCGGGCCAAUAAAUGAGGAUCUUACAGCUCCAGUUACUGAAUGGAAAGUUAAAUUAGCGUUGUUCGCCAUGCACCCAGAGAAAGCACCAGGGCUAGACGGGAUGACAGCUCUAUUCUAUCAGAAAUUUUGGGAUAUUGUCAAAGAGGAUUUAACUCGUAUGGUUAAUCAAUUUCUUUUCGACAGAACAAGGGCUCAUGGGCCAAAUGAUACCAAUAUUUGCCUAAUUCCUAAAACGGAGAAGCCCAAUGAAAUGUCUAAGUUCAGACCGAUCAGCCUGUGCAAUGUCAGCUAUAAGAUUAUAUUUAAGGUCUUAUGCCAAAGAUUAAAGAAGGUUCUUCCUCAAAGAAUAUCUGAAACCCAGCCAGCCUUUGUUGCGGGUAGACAGAUAACUGACAAUAUAAUGAUAGCUCAGGAGAUGUUCCAUGCGCUGAGAACUAAACCAGCUGGGAGAGUCAAGAGAAUGGCCAUCAAAACAGAUAUGAGUAAAACAUAUGAUAGAAUGGAAUGGUCUUUCAUCGAGGCGGUUAUGCGGAAGAUGGGUUUCUCAGAGAUUUGGAUUGGCUGGAUUAUGCGAUGCAUCACCUCAGUUAAGUAUAAAGUCCUGAUGAAUGAGGAACCAAGGGGAAAUAUUGUUCCAGGGAUAGAAGUUAUGAAAGUAGUCAGGAAGUAUGGAAAAGCGUCAGGCCAAUGCAUUAAUUUUGAGAAGUCCUCAUUACUCUUUGGUAAGAGGAUCGCGGUGAAUGAUAGACAACAAAUCAAAGACAUUCUCGGGAUUCAGAGUGAAGGGGGAAUGGGAAAGUACCUGGGAAUACCAGAGGAUAUUUGCGGAUCCAAGUGCAGGCUUUUCGCUUUCCUAAAAGAAAAACUAUUACAUCGAGUGAACGGUUGGACAGGUAGAUGGCUAUCGAAAGGAGGAAAGGAAGUUCUGAUCAAAUCUAUUCUCUUAGCUCUUCCCACAUACUAUCCGAAUUCAUUAGUAGCGAGAGUCCUUAAAGGGAAAUAUUACCGCCUCAGUUCGCCCUUGCGAAUUUCUGUGGUGGAUAACCCAUCCUACGUGUGGACGAGUAUUUCAGCAGCGAAGAAGCUUUUGCUUUUGGGUAUUAGGAGUAAAGUGCACUCAGGAUAUGAAAUCAAUGUCUGGCAGGAUCCGUGGACUCCUUCGACGCCAGCUAGGCCGGCCGGUCCUAGGGUACCAGUCGUAAAUCCAAAAAUGCUUGUAAGUAGCCUUAUGAACUCGGAAUCAAAGGAAUGGGACGCUAGGAUACUGGCACAAUAUGUUGAGCAAGAGGAUAUACAGCUGAUUAUGAGUUUAGCCAUAAGCCCAACGCAUCGCAGGGAUUCCUUUUACUGGAGUUACACUAAAAACGGCCAAUACACGGUUAAGUCUGGGUAUUGGGUUGCUACAAAUAUAUUGAAUGCGGAGGAGGAAACUGGAGUUACGGAGGAGGAAACUGAAGUUACACAACCUAGCAUCACUGAACUUCAAGCCUUUGCUUGGAAAGUGAACGCACCUCAGAAAAUUCGCCAUCUUAUAUGGCAAUUAAUUUCGGGACAGGUAGUAGUAACAAGGAACUUAAUACGUCGCAAUCUGCGGUGUGAUAAUUACGGCCCAAGAUGUGGAGAGCCAGAGGAAAAUGUAACCCACACGAUCUUUGAAUGUCCACCAGCGUUACAAGCAUGGGAACUAUCAUCUACGCCGUCAAACUCCCAAACUUUCCCCAUAUCGAGUAUGUACGCCAAUAUGGACUACCUUUUCUGGAGUAAAAAUACAAUUAGAAGGCCAGAAGAUGAUAGAGACCCUUACCCCUGGAUAAUCUGGUACAUAUGGAAGGCAAGGAAUGAUAAGCUAUUCAGGGGAAUUGAUAGGGACCCUUUGGAACUGGUCAGGUACGCUGAGAGUGAAUGUCAGGCUUGGUAUAAUGCUAAGGAGUCUAUACCUAAUCCCCCACAUGCACCAAACACUGAAGUGGUACAAGCCUUAAGCUUGAAUAAUAUGUGUAUGGUGGAUGGCUCUUGGACAUCCACAGAUCUUUUCAGUGGAAUUGGAUGGGAGGCGGGAGACAGCACUACACUCGGAAUUGGAAGCAUUGAAAUGGGCACUGGAAAGCAUGCUUCAACAUUCAAACUGCCAACACUUUGGAACAGAUUGCAAGGACCUGAUAGCCAUGAUAAAGGAACCCCAAGCCUGGUAGGAAUGCUCGAUCUUUUCAUAGAUCUCUUUGUUUUAUUGGUUGUUCUAUUCCGGUCUGGUUACCCAGACUACCUCAUGUUUGAGUAA